AUGUACGUGUGCGGGAGCACCUGGUCUGCCGUAGGCUACCGGUCACAGGAUGGGGAGCGAGGCACACUGAAGUUCUCCCUCCUCCACCCCAGAGAGCAAUGUAAGCUACUUCUGACUGGCCUGGAGGCCCGGGGGCUGUAUAGCCAUGGGUGUGCUGAGUAUGCUGCCUGGGUCCAACUGCUGAGGCAGGUCCCAUCCCGCAUACCAGCGCUCCAGUGCAUGGUCCAGGAGUGGCAAAGCUGGGUGGUGAAGAACAGCAGCAGGCCAGCCAUUGGGGAGCACUUUGUCUUCUCCCUGCAGGAUGCCAAGGUGGAGAAGAGCACCCUGAAGCUGGAGGUUCAACAACACUCCAUGAACACUGUGCUGGGGGAAGUCAGGGUUACCCUGAAUGAGCUAAAGGCCUCCCAAAGCUUGGUUUUAUGUGAAAAGCUGCAGAAGACUACAGAGGACAUUGUGGGAGAGGUGCUUGUGUCACUACAGUGCUUUCCCAUCUCUCAGAGGAUAGAGGUCAGGCUGCUCAAGGCAAAAACUUAUAUAUACAUGAGGAUAGAUGUUUCCUGCAGACGCCACAGAAAAAAGCACCAGAAGUCCAGGCCAUGGGCCUGCUCACUGCUCACCAUCUUCAACGAGAACAAGCCUGUCCUCUUCCACACGCCUGAGCCUCCAGCGUGGGACCGCACGGUCCUGGUCCCCAUUUACGAAGUGGAUGCAAACUCCGAGCUUCUCAUUGGACAGACCACCCUGGGGAAGAGAAGAGCGAGGGAAGCGGCUGACCACUGGGACCUCAAGAUCAAGACUGUCCAGCAGCCCAUAGCUAAAUGGCAUCCUCUGCUCAUUUAG